GCCGCUGCUCACACACACAGUGUCACCAUCAAGUCCACACUUGUAAGACGUCCAUAAAUUUAUGUUGAUUCAAGCAAAUGCGAUAUACGUCAGAAAGAAGUGAAAAGACUCAAAACUUAACGAAAGUAAUCGUUUGAGGCAGUGAGACCAGCUGGUGACUUAUGGGUAUUUGUUUUACAUCCAUAUCACUUCAAAACUGUUGACUUGUGCUGGUUGUUGCAGUCACCACUUUGUGUUUGUGGGGGGGCUCGAGUCUCAGCUCUAGGCCCCAACUAUUAGACUACUCUGAGUGUCGACCAUAACCUUAGUGUGGUACUUGAGGUAAAAGAGAAUGAGGCGAGGAUGGAGGCAGGUGCUGGCGUUGCUGAUGCUGGCCUCUGUUGUGUCCAGCGCUCAGCAGACAGAUGACGUGGAGAGACAACGGCAGAAAGGGCUCGCCAGGGUGGCUAAAAUCAUGGAAAUGGAAGGAAAGUAUGAUCCAAUGUUCUCCAGGGUGGCCCCAGACACCAUGCCACCAUCACCAGUCAACUCCAGGACCAAGCGUAGCUUCGACCUGAUGACGUCACGUGUGGCCCCCAGUAAGUGGUCGCAGCAGAGUGGUCCGUACGUGAUCACGGCCGCCAGACUGACUGAGGUCAGGUCACAGCUCAUGUACCCGUACUUCGAUGCUGACCAUAGUGGUGGUAUGGGUGACCUGGAGGUCAACAUCAACACUCAGAACACUCAGGUCAACAAGCAACUGACCUUCCUGCUGCCAUUCUUCGGGUUUGGUCUCAACUACACCUGGGUAUCUCUGAACGGCUACCUGGGCUUCUCUGACGCACCUUUCAACUGGAGACACUAUCCUCUGAGCUUCCCGGUACCACAGUGGCCAGACAUACCUGACCCGUCCUUCAUUGGUCCGUUCUACUCCAAGUGUAACAUUGGUGAACUGAAGCCGGGUGAUGACAAGAGCAGGAGACCUGGUGUAUACUGGAGGUUGGAGCGUGACCUGCCCUCCAGGGAGGACCAGUUUGGAGUGGAGAUCCGGGAAAGAGUGAAGUGGGACAUCAGAGAGGGCAUCGUCGGUGCUACCAUCUUCAAGCCUAAGCACGUCAUCAUCGUCACCUGGAAGAAUGUCACCUUCUCCGGCGGUUCCGUCAACACUGACGCUAAAUACGUCACUAACACCUUCCAGCUGGUGGUGGCCACUGACGAGAUCAGGACUUAUUCCUUCUUCAACUACGAGUAUAUGAAGUGGACCUCACAUACUGAAGCUGGUGGCUCUACUGACGAAGGCCAGGGAGGAGUUCCAGCCUAUGUUGGCUUCAAUGCAGGUAACGGGACCCGCUCCUACGAGUACACACCUUACAGCCAGAAGAUGUACAUCAGAGACCUGGCAGUGGCCGGUAACGCUAAUGGCUUCCCAGGACGACACAUCUUCAGGAUUGACGAGAAGAUCCUGGCUGGAUGCUGCAGGAGAGAGGAAGAACUGAAGGAGUAUCCCCUGACGUUCUCGCCGGAGCAAGGUAACAUGCUGGGAGGUACGCUGGUCAACCUGACGGGUCCCUGCUUCAAGACGGGUUAUCGCCUCACUUGUCAGUUCGACACCACUGCCGUCGAAGGCCACAUAACGGACGACAACCGUGCCAGCUGCAUCAUGCCUAGACUCCUCGUCUCGGGCUACGUCGAGUUCUCCAUCUCCAUCAACGGUGGACCCUACUACUGGCGGGGCAAGUUCUUUGUCGAGACCCCGCUGACAGCACCAGAGGGAGUGUGGUUCAAAGAUGACAACUAUCAACAACACUCACCUAUGUCACUGGAAAUCAACUGGCUGGCAGGAAACCUCACCAUGAACAGGAACGCUCCGGUGGUCAUGUCACUUUGGGGUUACAGAGAGAUUAGCAUCAGACCAGAACUUAUAUAUAUCGACACUCUGGUGGAUGGUAUUCCCAACACGGGGUCCUACACACUGACCAUGGCAGACUACGCUAACCGCAACAACUUCGACAAGCUUGACCUGGAGAUGGGUCUUAUUAUGAUGAACCUGACAACACCUGAGCCUCAGUACGGCCUCAAGCAGUCUACCAUCGUGUGGUCUCGACCCAUACCCCUGGCAUGGUACUUCCACUACCAGUGGGAGCAGCUGUACGGUACCGACUGGCAGAUAGCUAUGUGCGACAGAUGGAUCGAAAACGAUCGAAACCUCAGGAACUUUGCCUACGAGGUGGAGCGGUGUCCGUGUCUGCUCAAACAGGCCACAGCAGACAAGGGCAGGUUCCUGCCAGACUUCUCCUGUGACCGUGAUGGCAACACUGAGUGCAAGUAUCACUUUGGUGCCAUCCACUGUGUCCGUACUGCCUUGCCCAAUAAAGACGGUGCAGGUCAACAGUGUUGCUACGACCGUGACGGCUACCUGAUGCUGACGGCUGACAAGAUGUGGGGAGGCAACCCACAUCGAGCGCACAACCUGGGCAAGACUCCCUAUGACGAAGCUAACAAGGUCAGUACUGAAAUGAAACACACAAGAUUUGGUUUGGAUUUUUAGCCCCGGAGGGUUAGC